UUGCUAUAACUUCACCAUUACUACUUAUGAGUACACGUGGUGUGAAUUUGGAGGCCAGGUCAAUGGAAGCACAUUUCUGCGUUAUACCUGUAGUCAUAAAGCCGAAUGCGAUUGUCAGUUUCUGUCGACAAUGGGGAAUGUCACAAAGACCUGUAGUGUAGAGAAAGAAACUCUGAAAGAUCUGAUGGACAAAUUCAAAAUGAUACUGCCUGAAAUGAAACCAAAGAAUUCUAGAACCAACAAUCUUCACACCCUGAAGGGCGAGAUGACAUGUCAGCGGGAAGCCAAUGGACCUGCCUAUGCAAUCUGGAACUUCUACCUCAAUCGAAAUAAAGCUCUCCGUUUUGACUCAAAGAACGGAAAGUGGACAGUGUUGAGUCCUGAAGGCAAGCAGUUAAACACAUUGAAGAAAUUGAAAGAUGUGUGUGAGUUCCUGAAGACAAACUCAGCUGAAAUGUGUGAGAGUUGGCCUAAGAAUAUGAGCUAUCACCAGGAUAAUGCGUUGAACACAACAGGUAACUGAGCAGUAGAUCUCUUGACAUGACAUUGACCUACCCCACAGUGCGCGUGCGUGUGUGUGUGUGUGGUGUGUGUGUGUGUGUGUGUCGUUAUUGAUCCAUCCGCAGUGAGUUCUUCCUGGGAGAAUAAUGGCCACAGGCGUGUCCUACCAUCCUUCCUUUUCCUCCUUCCUUCUUACAUCCCGUCCCCACUGCACAGGCCUUCGGACAACUCCCCCUGGAUUUCUUGCUGACCCCAAAAAUGAGGGCCGCAUUCUCUUUCCAGACCUUUCCCUCUUC